AUGUCGUUAUUCAGAGUGGCAACAAGGCUCCUUCCCCGAGUCACGCCUGUCCGUGCCCCUUUCGUGGCGUUGCCUCUUUGCAGAUACAACUCCACAGCUAAAAAAGCUGAGUCUUUCAGCAUCACGGCCCAGGUGUAUCCUCUAGAAAAGGACACCAUCACAGAGGCCGAUGUGGACGAAUGGUUGAGUGCCGUCCAGACUUUGCAGGCCGGCAAGAAGGCUCCUGAGUCGGAGGCCGAAGUGUAUCUCAGCCAACUUGCGGAUCCUGAGCCAUUCUUGGAAGAGAAGUUCGAGCCUACUGACGAGCAACUAGCACAGGUGGAAAACUACGCCAACAAAUCGGUGCCUUUGCCUAGCGACCCUGUCAUUGACAAUUUUGCCAACUUAAUCAUGAGAGAUGGAAAGAAAACCAGAGCUCGUAAGCAGUUGUCUAGAGCAUUGUACAUUGUGUACUUGAAGACCAGACAGGACCCAGUUAAGCUCUUGUAUGAGACCUUGGACAAAUUGGGACCAUUAUUUCACACUAAAGUGCAAAAGACCGGUACAGCCAAAAGUAGGACAGUGCCUUUCCCAUUGGACAAGAGACAGAGAAAUCGUUACGCCAUUCUCUGGAUUUUGGAGGGAUCUAAGAAGAAGAAGUCGCUGGACUUUUCUGUUCGUUUGGCCGAGGAGAUCAUUUCUGCAUGGGAAGGGAAGUCUUCCGGAUACGACAAGAAGACCCAGUUGCACAAGAACGCCAUUGCUCACAGAGCUUACAUUCUGUUGUAA